GUCUUCCUGUUUCUAUAUGUGUGCCGCGGUAUGAAGUUGAUCGCAUGCUAUUGCACGGUCUAUGGACAGUAACGGUUUAUCUACAUUGUGUCAUGUCAUGAUUAUGCCCGCGGUAAAUCACGGAUCACUACAUCGACAUGGUGUUACAUUGUUACUAAAAUAACCGGACUUACGUGUGGUUGGUGCUACAGUUCAAAGGCAACCAACUCACGAGGUAACGUUACUGUACAGUAGUGCAACAACUUGAAAUGAUCGUCUGACAUUCGCUCACAUAUUGAGUGAGAGGAUGCUGAGAACAUGUUUAACAGCUGUCCGCGGUCCUGCGGUCUGCGUGGGUCGGUGUUUCAGUAGUGAAGUGAGUGGUGCAGAUUCCACGUUAGCCGGUUUCUCCUCUCCACCGUUUUCAACGGAGGCUUCACUCUAUGUUCACUGGCCUUACUGUCUGAAGAGAUGCUCCUACUGUAACUUCAACAAGUACAUUCCUCGCUCUGACAACCAGGAUGUCAUGUUGGAGUGUCUCCAGCGGGAGACGGAGACCUUACUAAAGCUCAGCCAGGUGUCCCGGAUCACCUCUGUGUUUUUUGGAGGCGGGACUCCCAGCCUGGCCCGCCCCUCCACUAUCGCUGCGGUCCUACAGACGGUUACCAGGCACGCUGGACUAUCAGAGGAGGCGGAGGUCACUCUGGAGGUCAACCCCACCCCUGUAGGAAGCUCUAAGUUGGAGGACUUCCUCCAUGCUGGCGUCAACCGUUUUUCCAUCGGGGUGCAGGUGAGAUUAAGGCUGGUAAGAAGGAGAGUUCUGGGGAGGGACCACAACUCCCAGCAUGCGUUGCAGACCGUAGCGGAGGCUCGGAGGCUCUGCCCGGGUAGGGUGUCGGUCGACGUCAUGUUCGGACGUCCUGGUCAGAGCGUUGCAUCCUGGGAGUUGGAGUUGGAUGAGCUGCUGUCGGUGUGUGAUGACCACGUCUCCCUGUACCAGCUGACCCUGGAGAGAGGCACACAGCUCUUCAGACAGGUCCAGAAAGGCCAACUGAGCGUGCCCAGUGAUGACAUCACAGCUGUCAUGUAUGACUCUGCCAGGAGGAUUCUUCAGAAGAGAGGCUAUCUGCAGUAUGAGGUGUCCAACUUUGCCAGAAAUGGUGCCAUCAGCCAACACAAUAUGAGUUACUGGAAGGCCAGUCAGUACCUUGGAGUGGGCCCAGGUGCCCAUGGUCGCUUCGUCCCCCGUGGAGAGGGGGAUGUGUGUCGAGAGGCCCGUACCCAGACUCUGGAGCCUGAUGUCUGGUUGAGAGAGGUGCAGCAGAGGAGUCACGGGACUCGACGCAGGAUACCCCUCACCCACCUGGGACUAUUGGAGGAAGUGUUGGUCAUGGGACUGCGUUUGAUUGACGGCAUCACUCACCAGCAUUGGCAGUUGUUCAGUCCCAGGGCAGAUCUGUACCAGAUUCUCAGCUCAUCCUCUGAAGUACAAGACCUUCAACAGACAGGCCUCCUAAUCCUGGAUGACAGGGGUCUGCGGUGCUCGUGGCAGGGCCUGGCCUUACUGGACAGCAUGUUACCCACUCUGUUGCUGCUGCUGGAGGCCUACAUCACCCAGGGGCUCGACAACAACAGUGAUUCACUACAGCUCUGAUGACAGACGACUAGACCUCGACAAUAACAGUGGUUCACUACAGCUCUGAUGACAGACAACUAGACCUCGACAAAAACAGUGGUUCACUACAGCUCUGAUGACAGACGACUAGACCUCGACAAUAACAGUGGUUCACUACAGCUCUGAUGACAGACAACUAGACCUCGACAAUAACAGUGGUUCACUACAGCUCUGAUGACAGACGACUAGACCUCGAUAACAACAGUGGUUCACUACAGCUCUGAUGACAGACAACUAGACCUCGACAAUAACAGUGGUUCACUACAGCUCUGAUGACAGACGACUAGACCUCGACAAUAACAGUGGUUCACUACAGCUCUGAUGACAGAGAACUAGAGAAGCGUGGAGGAACUGGAGUCCGUGGCACGCUGACCUUCAUAAACAACCUAUUUAACUGCUGCUUUUGGUAACUGUGUGUGUGUGUGUGUGUGUGUGUGUGUGUGUGUGUGUGUGUGUGUGUGUGUGUGUGUGUGUGUGUGUGUGUGUGUGUGUGUGUGUGUGUGUGUGUGUGUGUGUGUGUGUGUGUGUGUGUGUGAGAGAGAUAUUACCUCUACUACAUUGAAGGGGUACAGAAUGAUUUGUUCAUAGAAGACAUGGUGUGGAGAACCUUUCCCGAGUCCCGACAGCAUCCUGUUAAACUGUAAAGUACAGAGCUUUAUCAGAGUCCCGACAGCAUCCUGUUAAACUGUAAAGUACAGAGCUUUAUCAGAGUCCCGAGAGCAUCCUGUUAAACUGUAAAGUACAGAGCUUUAUCAGAGUCCCGACAGCAUCCUGUUAAACUGUAAAGUACAGAGCUUUAUCAGAGUCCCGACAGCAUCCUGUUAAACUGUAAAGUACAGAGCUUUAUCAGAGUCCCGACAGCAUCCUGUUAAACUGUAAAGUACAGAGCUUUAUCCAAGUCCCGACAGCAUCCUGUUAAACUGUAAAGUACAGAGCUUUAUCAGAGUCCCGACAGCAUCCUGUUAAACUGUAAAGUACAGAGCUUUAUCAGAGUCCCGACAGCAUCCUGUUAAACCUUAAAGUACAGAGCUUUAUCAGUAUAUCAGGCCCAUCUAACCUGUCACUGAUCAGAACACGGUGACGGCAGGUUAGUGUCAUCUUACUGCAGCUAAUCUACUUCAUCAGUGUAGAUGGUCGAUUAGACCAGUAUCUACAGUUCAUAGUGGCUGCCGGGUCAGUCUCCGGCUCAGUCUCCGGCUCAGUCUCCGGGCUCAGUCUCCGGCUCAGUCUCCGUCUCA